AUGGCGGCGGCCCAGAGGAAGUAUGGCAUUUGCUCGAAGCGUGGUGGUCGAAAGGUCACCGCCGCAGAGGACGACACCCACAGUGAAGAUCCCGUGGCCCUGGCCCAAGCACAGGUCACGUUUUGGAAGAAGUGGAAACCAGACGGAGAGGAGCACAAGUCAGCGCUGGGCAAGCUCAAGUUCGCCAAGGCGCAGGCCCUGUCCGCCAAGAGCUUGGAGCAGCAGGCUCAGUCGUUGUCAGAUCAGUUGCAGGUCGCGCGCCAGAAGCUCACGGCCCAGAAGAAAGAAGCGACGGAGUUGGUGCACACCAUCGUCGGGGCCAGCGAACACCACGACAAGCUGGUCGAGGAUAUUGAGAUCAACACCAAAGAAGCGCAGUCCCUGGAAUCCCAGCUCCACCUGGCAGCCCAGGCAGCAGCGUACGAGGCGCCCAAGGGUGAGGACUUGUUCACCACUCUCCAUGGCAAGCUGGCUGCUCGCAUGCCCGAGGGAUGGGAGGCCCCACCACAACUACGAGCUAAAGUAUCGGAGCUGGCGCAGCUGUUCGACAACAAGCAGUAUCAGCACACCAAGUAUGUGGAUACCCAGGCGAAGGGCGAUGGCAAAGGCAAGGGGUCCCAACCAGCACAGGAACCUGACGGUUUCCCCGCAGUUGGCGAACGAGCUGAUGAGCCAGAAGCGCCCCAGCCCAUUCCAGGCCAGCAUGCACCGACGCCAGAGGACGACAAGGAGCUGGAGUACGCCCCGCUCGCCGACGCCGCCGAAGCGACCCCGAUGGACGAGUCGCAGGGCCGUGUGCGGGCUGCUGCGGCACUGGAGCCGGUCGCCAACGGCAUGGCCAAGAUCCAAAGCGACGGCGAGCCAAGAAGGCCAGGGCGGCUGCAGCGGCCGCAGCGGUCGCAA